AUGGACACCAUUACACCUCAACAGCGGAAGAAGAUCUUGCGCGUGCUGUUCAUUUCGCUGCUUCUCGACCUGAUCUCGUUUACAUUCAUCCUCCCUCUCUUCCCCUCUCUGCUCACCUUCUAUCGUGGACUCGAGACACACCCUUACUCGGCCCUCAACCGCAUCCUCCACUACCUCAACGCGUACAAGUCGUCCUUUGCCGUGCCCAUCAACGAGAAAUACGAUAUAGUCCUGCUCGGAGGGGCGUUGGGCUCGCUGUUCUCGCUAUUGCAAGCAAUUGCAUCUCCGAUUAUAGGACGUGCGUCGGACAAAUAUGGUCGAAGGACGGCGCUGCUAUGGAGCAUGUGCGGCAAUAUUGCAAGCGUGGGGCUCUGGUGCUUCGCUGUGGACUUCCGCACCUUUCUGCUGAGCCGCAUCGUGGGUGGGUUGAGUGAAGGCAACGUCCAGCUGGCGACGGCCAUUGCGACGGAUAUCAGCACCGAGGAGCAGAGAGGGUCGACGAUGGCUCUCGUGGGCGCGUGCUUCAGUGUGGCCUUUACCUUUGGUCCCGCCAUGGGGGCUGCCCUUGCAAGUAUUACCACCGUCAUCGCCAACCCAUUUGCGACAGCCGCGGGCUUCUCCCUGCUCCUGAUUGUCCUCGAGACGCUAUACCUCUAUUUCCAGCUUCCCGAGACAAGACCGGUCAAGGCUGCGGCCUCCGACUCGAAGGCUGCGAAACCCGGCUCGACGACUUUCGAACACACGAACAACCCCAUGAUUCUGAACAUUAUCCAUCUGCUGUUCCUCCUUCCCUUUUCGGGCAUGGAAUUCUCCUUGCCUUUCUUGAUCACCUCUGUUCUCUUUCCGGAGAACCCGUCACCGUCGAAAAUCAAUGGGCGAUUGCUGGGGUUUGUUGGAUUGAUUGCCUCGCUGCUGCAGGGAUCAAUUGUCCGUCGCCUCCCUCCAUUGACGGUCGUAAAAACAGGUGUUGUCUCUAGCACUUUGGCAUUUUUUCUACUGUCUCGUAUAGACAACACGACUGGCUUGUACUGCGCGGGCGCGUUACUUGCCGUGACCUCGGCGACGGUUGUGACGGGGUUGAACAGUUUGGGCAGUUUUGAGGCGCGCGAGAGUAAUAGAGGAGAGGUCUUGGGAGCUUUACGGAGCUGGGGACAAUUUGGAAGAGCAUUGGGCCCGAUUGUCUUUUGCAGCCUGUUUUGGUGGGCUGGUCGUGAGACGGCCUAUCUGGUCGGCGGCAGUGCCAUGUUGGGCGUUACCGUCUUGGUUUUCACCAUGUUGAAGGCUCCAAAAGUUGAAAAGAAGAAAGUAUGA